UUCAAAUUUUAAAAUUCCGUCAACUGGACCGUUGGUCUAGGUUGAGCAAGAAGGGGGCGUGGGAUCGGAAAAAUCAAGAUCGACCAUCCCGUAAAUGCUUGACGCUCUUCUGAUGAAUUUGUAGGAAGCGAAAAUGUUCGACCGAAGCUGGAAAUUUCUACCAGAGGUUAGAAAUAUGAGGCGCCAUGGCUGGGAGCGUCCUCUGCACCCAUUACAGAUAGUGGGGAUGGCAGUAUACAGUUUUCUUCUUGUUGCCUUUUAUGCCUUCCUGGGGCCUUUUCUAGGAAACAGACCCGCCGAGAUCACAGUUAUCACACUAUUUUCCUUCGUGGCACUUUCUGUGAUCUUUCUGUUUGUGAGGUGUACUGCCAUAGAUCCGACUGAUAAAACCAGUUUCAAUAAUAAAAGAAGACCCAAAUCUAGAAGGUUUUUGAAACUGAACUACGGUCACAUAUUGAGUCAGAUUGUAUUAAGAUUUAUCAGGAGGAUGGAGAGGAAAAUCCUUAGGUACUGGAUCAGGAGGAGAUACUUGGACCCAUUGAAAACUGGCAUUCAGUUGGAACCCUUGCUACCAUUCCCCCUUGUGGCCGAGGAUGAUGCAAUUGUGCCUGAUUUGAAAGAGGACAUCUCAUUUUGCUCGCUAUGUGAUUUUGAGGUUAAAAGGCGCAGCAAGCACUGCAGGAUCUGUAACCGGUGUGUUGAAGGAUUUGAUCACCACUGCAGGUGGUUAAACAACUGCGUUGGGAAAAAGAACUACACCACCUUCAUCCUUAUGAUGGUCUCAGUUUUGACAAUGUUAUUUAUAGAGGGAGGAAGUGCAGUUGCCAUUUUCAUCCGGUGCUUUGUGGAUAAGAAAGGGAUUGAGCUGGAACUAGUGAGAAAACUGCACAUAGAUUUCCCCAGAGGAGUUCUUGCAACGAUAUCGGUAUUCCUGGUUUUAAUGACAGCAUACGGUUCUGCAGCCUUGGGCCAGCUUUUCUUCUUUCAUGUCGUUCUAAUUCGAAAGGGAAUGAGAACAUAUGAUUACAUACUGGCAAUGAAGGAAGAGAGCCAAUUGGAAACAUUCAAUUAUUCAGAUUUUUCUUCAGAUGAGAGUACUGACUCUGACUUCCCAGAGAGAACCACACUUAUGUCCAAGUUUACAUGCGGAAAAAGCAAAACAUCUCAGAAACCAGUGAAACUGUCCAUAAGAAUUGAUGGAGGAUCUGAAUCCUCCAACUUCAACAAGAAGCCUGGCUAUGCUGCAAGCAUUGACCCAUGGAAGCUGAUAAAGAUGAGCAGAGAAAAAGCUCUAAUAGCAGCUGAAAAGGCAAGGGAAAGACUAAGGAAACAGAAGCCAGCAGUAGAACAUCAGUCUUUGAAGCCAUUGCCAUCAGAAACAAAAUGUGGACCACUGAUAAAUCAAGAGAAGAACAUAAUGAGUACAGGAUCUGGGACUACUACGCCUCUCAUUUCCAAAGGAUGGUUUCCAGGUUCACCAGGGAGAUUUUCGAGCCCAAGAAGGCGGUUUUCCAGUUCACCAACUGUGUUACCUGGUGCUGUGGUGUCACCAAAGCAGAAGUACAGAAACAGUUUUGAUUUGAAGCUAACAGAGGUGUCAAAUGAACUUGAGACAUACAUUUCUAGGCAGGUGUUGUGCUCUGUUUUGAAGAAGGAUGGAGAUGAAGCAUCCCCUAGAUAGUCUUUUUUUUUUUUUUUCAGUUGCAUUAAUUUCAUUUCUCAGCCUUUGAGAAAGGUUGGUUGUUUAACUGUGUGUAUUCUUUGUGAAUUUAUGGUAACUUUUUAUAUUAAAAGGGAGAAGGGGUCAUAUUUAUAGAGUUCUUACACUUUCAAAAUUUUAAGUGAUAAAUAUUGGAAA